AUGAUUUCAACAAUCGGCACAACAACAAUUCAAGCCGCGAACGGCGGGACUCUGUCCACAACAACAGCACCAAACUCGUUAGUCAUGAAUCCUACGUCAAUGUUAGUAGAGAUGAAAAACUUCAUUCCUUCUUCAUAUACUUUCGAAACAAAAAUCCAGAAGAUAAAGCAAGAACUUUUAACAAGUAAUUUAGACUGUAGUGCGAAAGAUGAAGAAAAUGAAGAAUAUCUUUAUGAAAUGCAGGACAUUAUUGACCAUUUACCCAAAUUGCCUGAAAUCCAACAACAAAAACUCACUAUUCCUGAAUUCGACGAAAUUGAAGUGAAACCAACUGACUCAGUAGAAAUAAAGAAGUUCAUACGUAAAGUAAAUUAUGAAUUCCUUGGUUUUCAUUGCAACCAUAAGGUUAUGGACAAAGAUUGCGACAUGGUAUAUAAAAACAUUUCUGACAUAUAUAAAUCUGAGGAGUUUAAGACUUACGAUAACUUUGUUUCAUUAGUUGCAAAAUGUGUUUGGGAAAUAAGAGAUAAAGAUAGAAGAGGCAAAGUAUGGAACGAACAAAUAAGACCCGCUAUGUUUGAGAUGAAGAGAGCAAUUGACGCCUUAGUUGUUUUAGCUGGUUUUAUUUCAAUGUAUAACGCAAAAAUGAACCCGCAAUGUUCAAAAUGUAAGGCAGCAAUUAGGAAAUAUAACUACUCAGUCAAAGAGAUAGAAAGAAUGAGAAACGACUAUGCAGACUUAAAGAAAGAAGCAGAAAAGCCAGCAGAAGA